UGCAUCAUCUCAUUCUCCUUCAUCCUUUGAUCGCGAGGUGGUAGCUUUCUCCAGUCUCUUUAACAACCCCUUGCCGUCGUGUAUUCUCAGAGGCUCCAUCCUCAGCAUAAUCAGGGAUAGACCUGUCCAAUAUUGCAUCUCUUUGUUGAUUAUCCCCGCGCCUCGUUCCCGCCAUGGCGGCCAGCACGUUUCGCCAGAUCUCCGCCCGCAACCUCCGGAAACUAAAGUCGCGGCCAGUAUCUGAGAUCUCUGGCGCUCUUGGGGAUCUGGGCACCUUCCUUCCUAUUGCCAUUGCUCUGGCUCUGAAUGGCACGAUUUCCUUGUCCAGCACUCUUAUCUUUUCGGGGGUUUUCAAUAUACUCACCGGGCUUUUCUUUGGCAUCCCGCUGCCCGUGCAGCCUAUGAAGGCGAUCGCCGCCGUUGCUAUUGCCAGGUCUUUCAGCAACGGCGAAAUCGCGGCCGCAGGCGUUUUUGUGGCCGCUUGUAUUCUUGUCUUCAGUGUUACUGGUCUUCUACGCUGGUUUUCAGAUGUCAUUCCGAUCCCAGUGGUCAAGGGUAUCCAGCUAGGAGCCGGCCUGUCCCUCAUCAUCGCGUCAGCCGGAAAACUAAUCGCCUCGUUGGGAUGGAUCUAUCCAUCCUGGGCAGACAAUUUGAUCUGGGCUAUUGUUGCGUUUUUAUUCCUAAUCAUCACGAAUUCAUAUCGCACUGUGCCAUAUGCUCUAAUCGUUUUCGCGGUUGGCUUGGUCUUCGCCAUCAUUGUCACUGCGCAAUCGGGCAGUCUCCCAUCACUGGAGUUCUGGAGACCGCAUAUGACUAUCCCAGUAGGCAGCGACUGGAAAACAGGCGCAAUUGGUGCUGGCAUUGGCCAGCUCCCGCUUACGACGCUUAAUUCUGUGAUCGCAGUCGUCCACCUCGCAGCGGACCUGUUGCCGGGUGUUCAAACACCUUCGAUUACUUCUAUCGGUCUCAGUGUCGCAGGAAUGAACCUUUUCGGUUGCUGGUUUGGUGCUAUGCCUGUCUGUCACGGAUCUGGCGGGUUGGCGGCCCAGUACCGGUUUGGAGCCCGUUCUGGCGCCAGCAUCAUCAUCUUGGGAGCCCUAAAGAUGAUAGUUGGCCUGUUCUUUGGUGAAUCCCUUGUCAGUCUGCUGAAGCAAUUUCCAUCAGCUCUAUUGGGCGUCAUGGUCAUUGCUGCGGGCCUCGAACUAGCCAGUGUGGGUGAAAGCCUGAACACAACAGGCGCUCGAGACCUUGCUGGCAAGGCUCCGGGUAUCAUUGGAGACUCAGAACAGGCGAUUGGUCCGAUUCUCACUGACUAUGAGCGCAAGAAGAGAUGGACUGUUAUGAUUGUGACCGUUGGCCUGCUCGUUGGAUUCAAGAACGAUGCUAUCGGAUUCGUUGCCGGCAUGCUGUGCCACUGGAGUUACCAGUUGCCAGGCUUGUUCACGAAGAUCAGAGAACGCUUGACGUAUGGCAGGCUCAGAGUCUGAGAAUAACUUUUGGCAAUAUAGUUCUUUCGGUGCAAGCGCCUUGGUUUAUUGACGACACGCAGAAGAUGCACAAUUAAAGCACAGACGGUCGUCUCUCCCAUGCCAAUACCUAUCUCAAAUCCAUCCGACAUGUGCUCACAGAUACAUGGAUGCUAUUGAUCUACAACAUGCACAUAUUUUUGCACUUUGGGCGUUUGAAAGGACUAUCAUGACUGACGCGACAAUAUAUGAGAGAUGUUCUGCCAUGACUUUACCAGCUAUACAAAUAACAAACACGCUUCAUACAUAGUAUCAACAUGCAAUUGGUAUUUACUGUAUAAUGGAUCGCUCUCUAAGUCUACUUGGAUUCGUUCAGAUUACGUUGUAAACUAUAGCGG